AAGGUCUUCUUGGAGAGAGAGAUAAAUCAAUGUAAGCCUCUCUCUCUCUCUCUCUCUCUCUUGCGGGAGAGCAUAACGCACAGACAUGGAUCCGAGUGCGAGCUAGCUAAGCUAAGAACCUCUGUCCUUAGUCCUUACACUUCCCAUGCUACAAUGAGAAGAUCCUUCUUCUCACUGGACGGAGAGGAUGUCUCUGCUGGAAGACGAAGAACAUUGUGCUCUGUACUGUGAAGAACAGACCUUUGAUGAAGAUUUCUCCCUUAAUAACAAUGACUCCCCUGCCAUAAAGGACUCACCUUUACCUUCUUCUUCCCCUCUGCAAGAACACGACCCCUUCAUUGAUAGCUGUGAAUUAGCGACCCUGAUUUCGAAGGAAAACGGGACCCACCUGUGUUAUGACAAUCUAGUCUCUGAUGGGUCCUUGGCUGAUGCGAGAAGGGAAGCUGUGGGUUGGGUCUUGAGUGUGAAUGCCCGCUAUGGCUUCUCCGCCUUUACCGCUGCUCUGGCUGUGAACUACUUUGACCGGUUCCUGCUGAGCGUUAGGUUGCAGAAUAACAAGCCGUGGGCGACCCAGCUCACGGCUGUCGCUUGCCUCUCCCUGGCCGCAAAAAUCCAGGAGACACGGGUCCCUCUCCUGUUAGACCUCCAGGUGGAGGAGUCGAGGUAUGUGUUUGAGGCCAAGACCAUACAGAGAAUGGAGCUCUUGGUGCUGUCAUCUCUGGAGUGGAGGAUGAACCCUGUGACCCCGUUUGCCUUCUUUCAUCCCAUCUCCAGGAGGCUCUGCUUGAAGCCGAUCCUGCAAAGGGAGUUCCUUCUGAGGUGUGAGAGUCUGCUUCUCUCUCUCAUUGCAGAUGCGAGACUCGGGAUUUACCUUCCUUCUGUUAUUGCCUCUGCUACAAUGCUGUAUGUUGUUAAGGAAGCUGAUCCUGAUUUUAGUGUUUCCGAGUACCAUGACCAGCUCAUGAAUGUAGUGGAGAAGACAAUUGAGGGCAAAGUAAUCGAGUGCUAUGAGCUUAUUCGGGAAAUAUCGAGUGGGAGAGGAAGCAGCCUCAAUAGCAAACACUUCAACGGCCACAAGCGCAGGAUUCUUUCAGUACCAAGUAGCCCAAUUGGUGUCGAAUGUGCUUCCUUCAGUUGCGACAGUUCAAGUGAGUCAUGGGUUGUGGAAUCAUCCUUGCUAACUUCACCCGACAACGACAAGUAUGGUUUCAAGAGGAAAAGAGAAAACCCAGCAUCAGUUGACCACUCAUCAUGUUGCCUGAGAAAGUAGAGACUCUUCCGAUCUUUUCCCCGCGAAAAUUGUGCAAAUCAUUUGGAAGGAAUUGACCCUUAAUCCCCCUAUGUGUAUUUUCCUUGUUCCAGCUAUGGUUAAUAGUGAAUGGAUGAGAUAAAAUUAUAUUGACGCUGAUCAUUAAUUCUGCUUCUCUCGUUUCCAUA